CCUUGACUGUCAACAGCCAGCUGUCAUUGUACAGACUCCACAGCGUUGUCGCUGUUUGAGGCGGUAUCCUUGGCGACCCACAAAACCUGUGUGUCGCAGAGUAGCAGUGGGCCGCGCCCGUGCGCUGUAAAGCCUCAUCUACCAUAUCAAGAUUACGAUGAUCCGAAGAGGCAGGACCCAGGGGUGGCUCAAAGAGUCCAUUGAUGUUUUACCUACUUGGGCAACAUUCAAUGGGGUCAAGUUCAACGGUGUCAAAGUAGGCCCACUGCCAGGCUAUGAGGACAGAGGGUCUACAGUCAUUGCCGCCGAGAAGCUCCAAGGGGGUGAGGCUGAGCCUUUACUUGUCGUGCCCAAGGAGUUGAUCAUCUCUCGUCAGAAUAUUGAGCUCCUCGCAAAGUCAGAUCAUCAUCUGCGCGAACUUCUCGAAGGUCUUGGAGAUUUUGGAAGGACAACAAGAGGUGCUGUUCUUACUUUUCUACUUCUCCAAGCAACCAUCUGCUGUCCCGAUACAAAGGAUGUUGGCUUGCUCAAUCCUCUUACGGAAUACGUCAAGUUCCUUCCAGAUGAGCUGCUUCCCACAUUCUGGACCGAAGAAGAACAGGAGCUUCUCGUUGGAACCACGCUCAAACCUGCAGUCAGCGCAAAGCUCAACAGCUUGUUGCGCGAGUUCGAAAACUUGCGGACUGCUACAGAGUCCAUCAGCUGGUGCAAGAAGUACUGGUGGGAUGAAGAAAGUGGCAUGCUAGUUUUCGACGACUGGAUGUGCGUCGAUGCCAUGUACAGAUCUAGAGCUCUGGAGUUCCCAGGAACUGGCGACUGUAUGGUCCCCUGCGUCGACAUGGCAAACCACGCGUCAGGUGAUGCGACGGCCGCAUUGUACGAGACUGAUGGUAACGGAAAUGGCCUGUUACUACUUCGAGAAGGCAAACAAGUCGGACGUGGUGAUGAGGUAACAAUCACAUACGGCGACGACAAAGGCGCAUGCGAAAACAUCUUUUCGUACGGAUUUCUCGAAGAUGCCAUAACCUCAGCCAAAGUGGUGUUUCUAGACCUUGACAUCCCAGACGACGACCCACUCAGACCAGCAAAGAUAUAUGUUUCCAAGGUCGCACCCGGCUUCCGCAUCUUUGAGAAAGAUGAUACCAUCGAUUGGGAAAGUGACUUCAUAUGGCUUGUUGUAGUCAACGAAGAAGAUGGUCUAGACUUCAAGGUCAGACAAACUACCGAUGGCAAAAGGGAAAUCCAAUCUUUUUGGAAAGAACAGGAACUCGAUACUGUGAAACUACGAGACCAUCUUGAACAAGACCCAUUGUGGGAUGUCUUCCGGCUACGUGCCACGGUACUCCUACAGAACCGCGUUGAUGCGCAGAUCGAAACGCUCAUGGAAACGGAGGGUGCCAAAAGGACGGGUACGAUGCGGGACACGCCGUCGAGACUUGCGGAGCGACUCCGAAGUUUGGAGCUAGACUUGCUCAAGCGUGCAGCAUCGACACUUGACACCCAGGUAAGACCAAUGUCUUUUCAUACCCCGCACUGCGAGCUCCAUCAUAGUAUGUUUCGGACGCAAUACCGUCACAGGUCAUAUGUCCUAGCGUGCACUUGGACAUGCGUUUGCCUAGUGUGACGGCGCACCAAAGAUUGGCAGCGUGCGCUUAGUGGGGUAGACUGCCAAAUUACUAGACUACUGUUCCUACAUCUUGUCGCUGGAAGAACACUGACAAAGAAAUAGAAAGCCAAACUCUUGGACACAGAGGCCGUCAUACACUACCUGGGUCUGGAUGAGGGAGCAGAGGAGGAAGAA